GUGUAACAACCCACUGAGCCGCCUCCAUCACGCGUCUCGGCCGGCUGCAUGCUACUAGAAAUUUGUUCCUCGGAGCGAGCUCGCUUGUGCUUCUGAGCGAUUUUGACUGUAAACAGCAAUAUUCAUAGCCGAUUCAAACUCCUCGCCGGCCUCUUGCGUAGCCUACAUAGGUCUUCAAAUCGUUCUAAAAAAACGUUUUCACCAUGCCUGCCAUCCGUGGCGCUGAUUCCAAGAAGAAGACAAGGCGGCAUACUCGCGAUCUCGACCAAAUUCACGCCGAUCUACACUCCGAUAAGCAUCUGCAGCAAUAUAAAGAUACCAAAGUCGCCGAGGACCUUCCUGGUCUAGGACAAUGGUACUGCACUGAAUGUUCAAAAUGGUUUGAGGGGGAGCAUAAUUUUGAGGCCCAUAAGAAGGGCAAAAUCCACAAGAAAAGAGUUCGCCAGCUUAAAGAAGUGCCAUACAGCCAGAAAGAAGCAGAAGCAGCCGUCGGUUUACGCACCGACAACGGAAACACAAGCAAGCCAGUCAAGGAGGUUGCCGUACUCGCUGCAGGAGUCGAGAAGAUGGAAGUCGAGGCUUGAAUACGACCGUCAGACUCAAUUGCUGAUUCCACUUCGCUACUUGUCUCGCUACUUGUCACCAAGUGUGUAUAUAUGGGUGUCGAGCGUAUCAUGAGAUCACUUCUUCUGUGAUACGAAUCAGUAUUUCCCACCUCGGCUUGGAGUUGUAUGCAAGCAAUAUGUUUCGCCUGGUGGCGCCCUUCAGGUUUACUGGAAAAGAGAAAUCUAGCAUCACUGGAAGAAGAGGCGGUUUCUACAUCCCAAUUCGCGGAGUUGGACCUCAAAAAAGCAUUCGCGGCGUUGACAUGAAGCCUCAAAAGGCUGGAAAAGUCUUGAAGAUUUGAAAUGAUACCCAAGUCUAAUCGAAUGGCAACACAUAUUGUAGCAGAAUAAAUCAUCUUCCCUUAAGUGCAACCU